AUGGGAAAGGCUCUAGCAAUAGACCUUGUCUCCAAAGACUGGAACGUGGCAUGUCUCGACAUCAACGAAGCGGCAGGACGAGCCGUCGCAGCCGAGCUGGGCGAUCAGGCAAUCUUCAUCAAAUGCAGAGUCGAAGACUAUGACGAACAAGUGCAAGCAUUCACCCAGACGUUUGAGAAAUGGGGUCGACUGGACGCUGCCUGUCUGAAUGCCGGGAUCGUCGACCGGACCUCGAUUUUCAUGCUGAAGGACAGAAACAGCCCGAACCUGCCACCGAAACCAGAUCUGUCUUGUACCGACAUCUGCUACAAGGCCGUGGUGUAUGGCACGAUGCUGUCGGUGUACUUCAUGAGGAAGAAUCCCACCCCUGGAGGGCAGAUCAUAGCCACGGCUAGCGCUUUCGGUCACUACGGCUGCGCGUCUGUGCCGGAAUACAGUGGAGCCAAGGCGGCGAUCAUCGAGUUCUGCCGCGCGGCUGCGCCUGUAUUGAAACUGAGAGACAAUAUUACAAUCAAUGCCGUCUCUCCGGGUUUGGUCAAGACUGCAUUGGUUUCGAAAGAUCAGGCGGCAUCUCAAACUGAGGAAUAUCUCACCCCGGUCGAAAAUGUGGUGGCGAGCUUCAACAAGUUUCUGGAGGACCCGUCGCUGAAUGGGCAGUUUCUGUACUGUGCUGGCCCGUCGCCGGACGACAUCAAGUUUGUGCCUCGGCCGCUCCGGGCAAAUGGUGAUCAAUCAUGGGCCAUGGAACUGGUGGUCGAGCCGUUGUUUGAGCGGAUUCAUGGCGAGCGAUCGGGUCUGCCGGACUCCAUGUCGCCCGAAACUCCUGGCCUUCAUGUGAAGGCUGCAGCAGGUCAAUAG